AUGGCUUUAGGCAAAGAGUUCAUCGGACUUGUCCCUCCCCGUGAUCAGAAGAAGCCAGGAGAUCUUACCGCCAAUCCAGUUGGCCUCAAAUCGUUCCUUCGCGAUCAAUUUAGUAUCACCACAUGGCUCUGUCUGGGAGCCAUUGCCCAAGGCGGACUCUUUCUAGCAGCUGGCCGACUCGCGCUCGUACCAGCUGUGCUGCUGGUCAUGUACAGGAUCUUCGUCGCAUACGCCCAGUCGAUCGGCUGGAUGCACAAUCCAUUGAUGGAUGGGGUCCUAAUGAAGAAAUUCAGCGCCCAAAUCCCCGACUCCAACGGCAACUACGGCACCAAACCCGCCGAUAGCGAAAUCGUCGUCUUCCUCAUCGGCACCCGUUGCAAUUCAUCCCUAGGCCUGCUCGGACACGGCUUCAAACAACUGGGCGAUUAUUUCGACGCGAUGCUCGCCGUUCUCGAUGCCAAACCCGACGAUUAUGGCUUCCUGGGCAUGACCCGGUGGCUGAAUUCCGCUGAUCGCGAGACAGGGAGUGAGAGUCUUUCGGUCUGCUACUUUCGAACCAUCGAAGGUCUCCACAAAUUUGCCCAUGACUCUGCGCAUCGCGAGGGUUGGGACUGGUGGAACAAGGAUUACCAGAAGAUGCCGCAUAUCAGCAUCUAUCAUGAGAUCUAUUCUGUGCCCAAAGGGAAUUGGGAGAGUAUCUAUAUCAAUAGUCAUUUGAGUGGGAUCAACUCGACGAAGUUCAAGAUCACUGAUAUGGAGGGCAAGGAGAAGUGGGCUAGUCCUGUGGUGGAUGCUAGUAAGGGGUUGUUGAAGACUAGUGCUGGACGGAUGAGCAGGAGCCAGGCUGGCGAGCAUGAGAAGAUGGGUGUUGUGGAUCCGUACUGA